ACAAAAGGCAAAGACGACAUCUUUUCUCAGUUUUGUGCUCGAACAUAGUACUUUUUCCGAGGAAGUUGGUCAAACCGACGGGCAGCUGUUCUCCGCGGAUUUUUGUGGAUUUGCACACAUUGAGUAACGUCUUCUAUCGGCGGUUUUUGUAACCUCGUUCGAGUAAAAAAGCGAGAUAUCCGUCGGUUUUUUUUGCCUUAUUUAAGAGGCAAAAAAAUGUCGGGAGAGCCGAUUGUUGUCACGCUGGGAACAGCCGCCGAGGCUCCGAGUUCUUUCCCGGUGGUUCUGAAGAAAAUCAUGGAAAUGCCUCCGCCGAAUAUUUUCGAUGGAGACGACGACACCGACAAGGAAAAGCUAUGUCUUAGAAAUGAUGUUCUACUGGGAGUGAGUAAUGAUAUGGGUCCAUCAGCCGCCCUGACCCCAGCUAUCUGGGAGAAGACCAUUCCUUACGAUGGUGAGAACUUCCACUUGGAGUACAUGGACUUGGAGGAGUUCCUCAUGGAGAAUGGCAUUGCCACCGAGGUCGACGGAGAAGCCCUACAGACCAGCACGGAUGAAGACACCGUGAAGCUGAAGAAAGACAAAGUUAAAACGGUCACUAAGCCAGCAAGUUUGUCCUCACUGACCCUGCUACCCAUUCAGGAGUUGGACGGGUGUGACGAGGAAGUGUUGAUCAUCAAGAACGCAUCUGAACUCAUCUGUGAUGUUACUGCAGAGGUGUCCACAGACAACAACAGAGCGACCCCCGAGCCGAUUGACCCCGAAGACGUCGAGGUCGACGUCAACUACGAGCCAGAUCCCACAGACCUGGUGCUGUCGAGUGUGCCUGGGGGAGAACUGUUCAACCCACGCAAGCACAAAUUCUCUGAAGAGGAGCUCAAGCCACAGCCAAUGAUCAAAAAGGCAAAGAAGGUGUACGUGCCUGAAGAGCAGAAGGAUGACAGGUACUGGCAGAGGAGGAAUAAAAACAACGUGGCUGCUAAACGCUCGCGUGACGCCCGCAGGCUAAAGGAGAAUCAGAUCACUGUGCGAGCAGCUUUCCUGGAGCGGGAGAACGCAGCGCUGCGGACAGAGGUCGCCGAUUUGCGAAAGGAGUGCGGCCGCUUCAAGAAUGUUGUGGGUCGCUACGAAUCCAAGUUUGGACCACUUGCGGUGCCAGAAGACCAAGACCCAACAGUUGAUUUUUUUUCCGAAACAAAAUCAAUAAAUUGAAACUUUUUUGGGGGGGUUUGGUUUGUGAGAAAAGUAGAAUCAAUCCGAUGAAGAUCAUUGUUGCCAAGCAGGCACAAUAGCAUAUACUUAUUUUAGUUUUUUGACUUGAAUGACUGUCCAUAGAAGUGAGAUGAGUGUGUGCGAAUAUUCGAUUGCUUCUACAGGACACCGUGUGUGUGUAUAUAUAAAAUACCUAUAUCCUGCUUUGUAUGCAUUUGGCCAAAAAGACAUCAUCUGUGAUGUUCAUUUUGGGAAAAAAACAUUUUUGUGUGUUUUUGGGCAAGGUAGUUAAUAUUUAGGUAGCAGGCAGAUUUUUACUCCGUUUUUAUGAUAUUAUAAAAAUAAACUGAUAUGCUCAA